AUGGAAUGGUGCCACGUGCGGAGUGGGGUGGAAGCAGCUUCACUGCACGUGGUUGGACUGUGGACUUGGAUGAGUACUCUUGUGAGGAGUAAAGAGAGAUCAUUUAUGAUCCCUUUUCAUGGAAGUGUUUGUGUUGUGGAGGCACACCAAAUGGAAUUCAUCAUCAUGCUAAAACCAUGCACCCACCCAAUAGAGUAG